GAUAGAAGAAAGCAUUGGGUAGCUCUGUAGGAUGCAGUCUUUGUAAUCUGCCAAAUAUUAUUGUGGCUAAUGUGGCAGCAUUGGGCUUCUGGUAAAAUUGGAUUCCUAGAAAUCAGGAUAAGAAUCAUGGACCUUGUAAUUUGCUCGAUGCUAUGCAUUAUCUUUUAUGGCAUAGGGCAGGGGAAUGCUCAGACCUGCCCGAUUACUACAGACAUGGAGAUGCUAACAUUUGAAGCAGUGGAUACCGGAGGGAAUAUUACAGUUGAGGAAAAAGACUGGGGCUCGCUCUCCCCCCUCUUUAGAAUGAGUAACUUGUUUCUGGAUGCCGUACAGCCACACCAAUUCCCAGAAGAUAUGCUGCGUGUGGCAUUAACAAAUUCCUCAUCUUUGCAAACAUCGAGGGUGGUAAAAUAUGAGGCAGGGUAUGUUACCUGCGCUGUGAUUGCGGUUAUCUUCAUAAUCUUUAUGCUGGUAUUCGGGAUUACUUACUGUACAUACCAGUGCCGAGGGAGAAGGAUCUUCGCCAGUUGUGAUGGAGUGUUCUGCCAGCGUACACCAAUUUUCCUGGGCCUCAUUAUGACCUGCUGUAUUUUGUUUGCUGGUCUGGUGUGUUCCUUCUACCUCAAUGAAAAAGUACAACAAGAGAUGGGUCCAGGAAUUCAAGAAAUAAAACAGAGCAUCCAGGACUUCCGCUAUUCUAUAAACAGCAUCCCCCGGGCUCUUGAAAAUGUGGUUUCUGAAUUCUCUGUUCCCAAGCUAAAAGUCUUUGAUGAUUUACAGAAGUUUAUCGAACAUAUUGACAACCUAGUACAUUCCAAACUCAACAGUGAAAUUUUUCCUCUUCUAACCGAUGCUCUUGCAACAGCAAAACAAUUGCUAAAUGCAACACAACUCUUAGUGGAUGUGAACAGGACUAUGACUGACCUGAACCAGAGGCAAGGUAAACUGGUGGAUGAACUCAGCACCCAUAAACAUAACCUGCAAAAAGUCCUUUCUGACCCACUCUGCAAAAACUGCAGUGAGCUUGCGGGGAUCGUACAGAAUUUGGAACUCGGACUGAACUACAGCCAGAUCCUUACUGUGAGUGAAUAUGUGAAUAGAUUAAAAAACGUGAGGAAAGUCAAUUUGACAGGAGUCUUUCAGCAGGGAUUCCAAGCUAUGAAUAAAGUGCCAACCUUAGUGAAAGAUAAGACUGUGGAAAGUGUUAAAGAAACUAGGAUAUCCAUUAUCAGGACUGAGAAGGAAAUCAAAGAUUAUGUAUCCAAACUUUCCUUACAGAAAUACAUGGACCCUGUAAACAAGGCAUUACUAAAUUUGGAAGAGACGAGUGAUAGAUAUGGGAAUGAGGUGGAACGCUAUGAAUAUUACAGAUGGGUGAUUGGAAUUGUCCUGUGCACCAUGGUUCUCCUGAUUGUUGUCUGUACUUUCCUGGGGCUGUUUCUUGGCAUUUAUGGUCUUUAUACACGGAGUGAUCCUUCAGCAGCAACAGUCAGACGGACAGCUGGAUAUCGAGCCCUUAUAGUUGAGAUCUACCUAUCAUUCUCUUUCUCCUGGCUGCUCGUAAUAUUUGUGUUUAUAAUAUUUCUGGUCGGAGGAAACUUGCAAACACUAAUUUGUAAACACUGGGCUAAUGGUGACCUCUAUAGGUUUCUGGAUAAACCUGAGAACCUACCACCGAAUUUAAACUUGAAGCGUCUUUUUGGACUCAAAGAAAGUUCGAAUCUGAGUGACCUGUAUCAAGAAUGCUACAGAGGAGCACCAAUAUGGGAUGUUCUUCAGUUUAAUUCUACAAUUGAUUUUGAUAGUCUAUUUAACAUCUCUAAGUACACAGGCGAUCUCCAAAGCAAGAUAGAAGACAUUCCAGUGGACAUGGAUGCACUAGAUCUUUUUGUGAACAUUGCAGUAUUAGUACUGUUGGACUAUAAAAACAGUGGGCUGGAUCGAAUCCCUGCCAGCAGCAUCAUGGAGCAGAUACAAGAACCUCUGCUGAAAGUGGACAUGGAGCAGUUUGUAUCAGCUUUGGAGACUCUCGCCACCAUCCAGAGUGAUCCAAGUAUAAAGAGUCAGUUGCUAAAUGAAAUAGCUUCUCUCAAAAAGUUUCAGACUUCCUUACUACAAGAUCAAGAAAAUUAUACGAAGAAGCUUAAUGACAGUUUAAGGUCCCUGAGUCUACUGAUUGUACCUUUGCAGACAGGGAUAGACCGUGCUAUAAAGAAUGUCCAAACCCUGCAAACACCACUAAUAACAGAUUUCAUUGAAGAACUGAAAAUGGAAAGCAGAUGCCUUCUCAAUGAAUCUCUUGGAUACUUUACCCAAUACAUGGAGUGGGUUAAAAAGACAGUCAUGGAGGAUAUCGCUUCUUGCCGUGCAUUUCCUUUAACUCUGGACAGAGUUCGUGUUGUAGUGUGUCAUGAUGUGACUAUGCCUUGGAAUGCUUUCUGGUUCUGCCUUGGUUGGUGCACAUUUUUCCUGAUUCCCAAUAUCAUUUUAAGUAUUAAAUCAUCUGAACAUAUUGAACCCAGACCUCGAAGGAUACCAUAUGAAGAAGAGAAUUCUUAUCUCAUGACAGAGAAUCCAGCAUCUUAGGAAACAUGGUUCUAUGUUGUCUCAGUUUUAUGGAAAUGAGUCAUAAAGAAGAUAUGUGAAAAAAACGCAAACCUCUGGUUUCUAGCCACGGUGGGUUUUUGACUAAUAGCGAGAUGCAAACAACAUCUGGCAUCUCUCACCCAUCAUGUUGUAAGCCAAAAAGGUGUACUCCAAACAAAUUCUGAAUUCUACCUUUCCUCAGUUGGCCUGUAGGACCCUUGAAAUGGGG